GGUCCCCAGCUGAUGCACGAAAAACCUUAACUUUACCUUUUGGGACUGGUGUGAUUAACCAACCGAUCGUUGAAUUUUUUACUUCUUUACUAGAGAAAUUCAGCCUCUCGUUUUCGUUUCUUCCCUCCCAAUCCUUACACCUUACAUCGUUCAACAAUUUACCAUACUUCAUACUUCAUACUUUCUCGACAUACUUUUCAAUCCUCAACACCGCACAUCAUCACUUUCUUCAAUCUCCGCUGCAUCAACUUUCUCUUCUUGCGCGUAUCGCGCACAUUUUUCUGACAUCAUGUCUGAAUUCCUUGGUUCACGAAUCUCUUUGAUAUCCAAGAGCGAUAUUCGAUACUCGGGUAUAUUGCACGAGAUCAAUUCUGAAGAGUCCACAGUCUCCCUCGAAAAUGUCAAGUCGUUCGGCACCGAAGGACGAAAAGGUAACCCGGAUGAGGAGAUUGCGCCCUCAGAUCAGGUCUACGAAUACAUCGUCUUCCGUGGUAGUGAUGUGAAAGACUUGCGCAUCGAACAAGCCCCGGCACCUCCUAAGGAAAACCAGCCACCUAAGGUCCCCGAUGACCCUGCUAUUGUAGGCGCCCGUACCCGACCGCAAGGCCCCCAGGGUCAUCAGGUUCCUCAGGGCCCUCCUGGUGUCAUGCCACCUGGUCCUGGCGCUCCAGGCUAUGGACAAAGCCCCUACCAGCCGAACCCCUUCUACCCUCCUCCUCCUGCACAAUGGGGACGUGGUGGACAUCCCGGCCCCGUUCCAGGCCAAGGCUUUCCUGGAAUGCCCUACCCUCCCCCUCCGGGUUGGUUUCCUCCCGGCCAAGGCUUUCCAGCUGGUGGACCUGGUGCACCGGGUCCGUGGAAUAGCUUUGGAUACCCGCCUGGUCCCGGUCCUCAAGGACCCCCGGGUGUCCCUGGUCAAGGCAUGAGAGUGACACCUCAGCAGGAUGGCAACAAGCCAGUCCCUAUUGGCGCCGGUGUCGAUAAACAAAGAGUGGGUGGUCAUCCCGCGGUCGAGUUACCUACAGAGCCUAAGAGUCUUGGACAACAGCCGAUGCAACCUGUCUCGAGUGCCGCGCCGACUCCGCCGGUUGAGUCAAAGCCCACUGCGGCUGAAGUUAAGGCAACUGCAGAUUCUCUCACCACGACGAAUGCGCCCUCGACUAGCGCGCCCGAGAAGAAGUCUGUCCCAACCGGACCUAAGAGUAACCGAGUUACCCCCGUUGUGCCCAUCCCGCCGCCCACUUUCGCUUCGAAACUCGCCUCACAAGUUACCGCCACUGCCGUCACGACUAGAACCACAGGUGAGCAAGCCAACGGUCCGGUGACCGCUGCUACUCUCAAGGACGCCACUCAAGCUGCGAAGGCUGCCGUUGCAAGUGCAAUGGCCAAACUUGACAAUCCUCGUGUCGAAGCCCCGGUUCAAGCUCAACCUCAGCCUCAGAACGGCGGUAAUCUGAUGGACAACUUGACCAAGAAGGUCAACGAGAUGCGCAUCAAUGCCUCGAGAAACCCUACGAAUGGCAGAGGUCGUGGACGUGGUGGACGCGGAGGUGGAGCGAGCAAGGUCAACGUUCCCGACGCAGAUUUCGAUUUCGCUGCCGGGAAUGCCAAGUUCAACAAGCAAGACGUGAAGGGGGCCAUCGGCGGUUCUCCCGUCACCGAGACUUCUAAUGGACCCACGUCCGAGCAAUCGCCAUCUGAGGAGCCCACUGCUGUGCCGGUCGCGUACAACAAGACCAGGUCCUUUUUCGACAACAUCUCUAGUGAAGCCAAGGAUCGUGCCGAGAACGGAGGUCAAAAGCCCGGUGGGCGAGAAUGGCGUGGCGAGGAGCAGCGCAAGAACAUGGAGACAUUCGGGCAAGGAAGUGUCGAUGGUGGUUAUCGCGGCGCUUACCGCGGCCGCGGUCGUGGACGUGGCAACAGCCGUGGACGCGGAUUCGGCGGUCCUCGAGGAAGAGGCAACUCAUUCCGCCAAGCUACGACCCAAUAAGUCACCUCUUAACACGCGUUCAACAAAUGGAUUGGCAUUGUCGUCGGACAAUAGCAUGAUCUACAUAGUCGGGACAUAACCCUCUACUCGACGUCUUACCGACUUUAAUGUUCCCAUACGACGCUUAUCCCGUGUAUUAAUACGGUUAUUGCAUUAUGCAGUUUUUUUCUUUCCUUUUCUUUUCGAUGCCUAGGCAUUUAGUGGAUAAGCACCGCAGUUUUUGCCAUGCUUAAUAUCUCGACAGGCAUGGUUUUCGUUGAUAAUCCAGCAAUGGCGUAAGGACGGAUUGGCAACGGAAGGUGUUAUUCUCUCAAUUCGCAUCACGAGCAUGAUUGGCAAAUGAUUUACUGAAACGGAAAAAACGAGUCUGGAGUGCCCAGCUCGAAUGACGGAUGGCUUUUGCAAUGUGGCGUUGGUACAAGUACUCCUGGAGGUUGCCCGGUUUUCGGUAGCUGUCAUAGUCGAGGAAUGACCAAGGGGUGUGAGGGUGGACUUGAUGGUUGUAUAUGGGCUGGACUCUACAAGUCAGUACAUACGCUAGAGCAGCAUUGACGAAUACAGAACCGUCACCACCAUUUUAUGACUUGAAUGUAGUGAUUGUGUAGAGCUCAU